AGCUAUGAACAUUAACGGAAAUGCUUUCAUCAUAGGGGGUGGAAGCGGAAUAGGAAGAGCAUGCGCUCUCGGCCUGGCCAAAGAUGGUGCCAUUGGCAUCCUUAUCGCGGACAUGAACAUCGAGGCUGCAACCCGCGCUGCCGCUGAAUGCAGAGCCGCUGCAACAGCUGCCAGCUUUCGUGCCGAGUCGUGUCAAGUUGACGUCUCGCAGGAAGAAUCGGUGAUAAAGACAACCAGUCACAUGGUCGCGACCUUUGGCAGAAUCGACUACUGCAUCAAUUGCGCAGGCAUCGGAGUUCAGUUCGCCCGGCCCAUAGCGGAGGCAGACUUUGACGAGUUCAGCCGUUUUCUCCGGAUUCACGUAGAGGGAACGUUCCUGCUCCUUCGGAGCGUCUCUAAGACCAUGCAGUUCCAGGAGCUCAAGCCCAUUGAUGCUGAUAGUCCGGGCCGAGGAGGAACGCGCGGCUCGAUUGUGACUCUGGGCUCGGGGAAUUCGUUUGCUGCAGCUCCUGACCUGGUGCAAUACACGACGGCCAAGCAUGCGGUGCUCGGUGUGACCAAGAAUGCUGCUCUAGAUAACGCAAGCCACGGCAUCAGAGUCAAUUGCGUCUGUCCCACGUGGGUGGAGACUCCCAUGGUCCAGAAUGCCCGGGACGGGGGUGUGGACAUAGACAGCUGGGUCAAGGGAAUGGUCCCUCUGGGUCGUAUCGCUACUGCGGAGGAGGUGGCAGAUGCGGUGAUCUUCCUCUGCCUUCGCCGCACUGUCCGACACAUCACCGGCCACAACGCCGAGGGCAAAGGCGUCUUCAUUCAGACCGAUUGCGGCGACCAUCACCGUGUCAUUGGUAAUGAGCAGGCCCUUGCCAACAUCAUCUACUCGACUAAGGACACGCCUGUUGAGAUGAACGGCGAUGUAGACCUCAAAUUUGCCAAGGAGAACGAACCUCCUCUUCACAUUCACAACGGCUCUGUAUGCCGCAUGAUUGACUUUGCUCCUGACGUGAUUUCCCCUAUGCACCGAGCUGUCUCGCUUGACUAUGGCAUUGUCAUUGAAGGCGAGUUCAAGUUGAUUCUGGACUCUGGCGAGUCCCGGAUUAUGCGGCAGGGAGACGUCAGCGUUCAGCGUGCGAGUGCUCAUCAAUGGCACAACAUCACCGGCGGGGGGACCUUGCCGGGCCGAAUGAUGUGGGUUCUGCUCGACUGCAAGCCUAUUAUUAUCAAUGGCCAAGAGCUCAAGGAGGAACUGAAUGAGCUUCAGCCGUACUAUGAGGGUCGAUAA